UACAGUUUGCGUCUUUGCGUUUCCCACACGAGCGCGUGGAGAAUACACACAGAUAAAGACUCGAUACGCGCGACUAGCUGAUUAAGAUUAUAAAUUUACGGACGCAUUCAGUUGGUCAAUGGCAAGCGUAUGUGCGCCGCGUUGGAAAAAACGCGCGCAUCAUUGUCGAAGUCGAGAUUUUCGUGUGGGGUUUUCUCCCGAGGCAUAGAUCGCUCCGGCCAAAUCGAGGUCAGCUCGUGUCUCUAUAGUGACGAUAGUGCUUAACCUUUACGGCGCGAGAUAAAAAAUUUUGUAAGCCAUCCCUACUCAUCGAGCAGCAGUCGUCGCGUGUACUACAUAACAUCGCCGAUAUUCUUAGUUCAGCGCAAACGCUCUCUCUAUACAUGCUCUCUACGGAACAACAGUCUUGAGGAGCAUCGGCGCAGUCGAAAGUGUUGUGCGUAAAACCUUGAUUCGCGCGUUAAUGAAAUGUCAGCAACGUCGUGGAGACUCGCGGCCGUUCUCGGCCUGAUCCUCUGCCUCGGUCUUUGCGGCGUUCAGUCGAAGGAGUACAAGUUCAUCGCGGACCGAAUACAGAUUCGCAACCGACAUGUCAUCGUCGACCACCAGCCUCUCAAGAACAACACGCUGGUCUACGCCGCCUGUGGAAUCCCCCACGAGCGGGAGUCCAUGAACUGUUCGGUGGCCCUCAUGUCCUACCACACACCCGCUGGUCCCAACAACAUCGCCAGAAAGGCUUGUCAGGUGUUGCGCCGGGCUCCCGAGGGCAGCUACAUCAUGCAGGACUUCCAGCUGAAGCUGCUCUUCUCCGACUACGUGAUCUUCAUGUGGACCGAGAGGUCGAUCAAGGAGGAUGACCAGACUCUGGCACGUCAGCUGUUCUACCGCACCAUCGACAUGUCCAACUGCAAAUCCAUAGAGAAGAAGAUCGACUUCCUGGCCCACUCGAGGCCCAUCAACGUCGACGACUUCUACGUGGUGCCCUACCAGGAGACCUUCGAUCUCUACUUCAACAACGAGACUCUCUGCCGCAACAUGAUGUGCGGCCUGACGCAGAACAAGAGGGGCAAGAUCAUAAACGGGCCGGUGCCGACGUACCUGCCGAGCGACCAGUUCAGGUACGAGAACUUCCUCUACCCAGUCAAGCCCAUCUCCGCAGCUUGGGGCCUCUUCAUCCUGUCCAAGCAGCUUCGCCUGGUCAGCUCGAACGCCGGCGAGAUCAAGUACCUCAUGGACUAUCCGACCGGUCUUCAGGGUCAGGCCGUUUCUAGCAACAACGGCUAUCUAGGUACCUGCUGGCUGCCAUCCUUCUACACGUCGCCCUUACGUAACAAUAGGAACGUGCUGAACUGCAAGCAGUUCGAUUCCCAAGGCAACCAAGCCAUGGAUUUCACACUGGCUCAGGAGAGCCUGAACUUCGACAAUUACCUGGCGCUGAGCAACUUGAGGAACGGAGGCAUGCUGCUCCUCACGACUAGCUGCACCGGGCAUUGCCAGAGCAAAGACACCAUGAUCCUGGACGCUUAUAAGAUUCGCAACAACCAGAUCAAGCGCGUCUUCAGGCUGCCCAACAAGGCAGCGGCAAGAGCAACCAACCACUGCACUUCCUUCAAAGACGUCAGGGCGGAGAUCUUCGAGAAGGACAACGGCCAACUCUGCUGGAGUAUUUUCUGUCAACAGGUCGACUUGGAGGUCAAUGAAACGAAGGCCGCCGUGGUGUCCAUGUGCGCCCAAGUGACGGACGCGGAACUCGAUGCUGAGCAGCAAGAAGCUAUUCGCGUGCCGGAGGAACGUCUUCCCAGAAUGUUCACACCGGGCAUCAGGAAUCUGUAAAAAGUUCUGUAACAUAACAUCGCAUCGUCGUAUCAUCCUAGAUAAUCGUCCAUUUACGUGUAGCAAAAAUAAUUAUACCAUGUAUUAUUUAUAGAAAUAAACUACUCGAGUUAC